CGGGGCCGCAUUGGACUGACACUGACCACCUGUGACGAUUUGAGUCCACCCAUAUACACUUUCUGGUCUGCUAUGACCCUUUAUGCUACGUUGACGUCCUGUGUGUCUGCGGAACAUUCCAUCAGUGCUUUGCUCCAUCUCCAUAUUGCCUUGCCUACGUAUAUCAACGCAUUGCGAAACUUGAAGGCAGCAUGGGCGUCCAGCCUCCCUUCAUUUACGACAAACCAAGCACCUACACCUUCGGCGGUCCGAUUGACCGUGGCUUCAAUCCCAAGGCUGCUACAGAGGCAUCAUGGGCUCCUAAACCAGAGAGGCCGAAGUCAGAUGGGCCUCUAAUCAAUUUCAACAAACACCCCGACUCGUACAUUGUCGUCCCCUACGGCAACCUCGAUGCCAAACCGAUGAACCCAAACACACGAAACAGAGUGCUGCGUGCCCGCCAGAUCCAGCUCUUCCUACGAACUUGUGCCCUUCUCGGCUCCCUGGGCACGCUGUUCUGCAUCAUUGCCAUAAACAAAACAUCUUCCACUGCAGGAUGGCUCAUUCGCGUUGCUCCCGCCGUAUCUCUCUGCCACACCGUCUACGCAGUCUACCACCUCUGCCGGUCCGCAACAGGCCGACCUCCCGGUUCGACAGCCAGCUACAUGAUAUUUGCGGCGCUUCUUGACUCGGGCUUGAUCCCCUUCUUUGUCUUGUCGGCAUGGAUGGCGCAUGUGGAUUACACAGAAAACGUAUAUUUCUGGAGCACGCUAUUCAACAACGGCUACAUAUCGCAGAAAAUCAUCUACGGGUUCUUCCUUCUGUCGUGCAUUGAAGGCGGACUCAUGGGCAUCUCGUUGAUCUUGGAUAUUUACUUGGCUAUCAAAUUUCGCCAGAUCGCCAGGCUGCCACCGGACAUGAAUCCGCUCGAACCGAACCUGACAUCAAGGCAACAUAAACGAAACAAAUCCGAACUAAUCACCGAGAAACACACGAGUGCGUCAGCAUUGGCGGCCGCGAGGAGAGACUCGGCAGUCUCGGGCGUGAGAAGGAUCCCUUUUAUACAUACUCGGACCGAUUCGGCGGAUAGAGUGACGCUUUUUGGGACAGAAACAAACACCACUGCCCGCAACUCCAGGGUUGAUUUCCGCAAAGAACUGGAUGAGAAGAAUAACGAAAAAGAUCCCUGGCGAUGGUCUAGAAACUCGUCUCCUGACCGUCCCAAUUCGGCUGUGAGCCCUUCUCCUACUUCGCGUGGUGCGGGUGUCGGGCUGGACUUUCGACCGGAGCGCUCUUCAGGUUUGGCCAAAGAUGCCACUCCUUCUCGUCCUUCGUCGUGGCUUUCGUAUCUCGACUACGAGGGUGUGCCUGAAUCUCCGCAGACCACUACCGCAGCGGGACAGCCUGGAUCUCCUGUUUCCCGUGAUGGCGCAUCGUUUGAUCGACUCCAACAUGAAAGAGAAAAUUGGUAUCAGGGUGCUGGUACUGGCACUGGUAUAGCAAGAGGCAGAGAUAGCCAGACACUUCUACCACCGUCACCUGCAAGACAAAGUCAAACAUACUUGCCGCACAAUGGGAGCCAGACUCGUUUGUAUCAGACCAACACUAAUACGGGCGGCACAAGUAAGCAGAAUCUGACUCUUUCUAGCCCACAGAUGCAACCAAAGAAAAGAAGCCGGGAACCACUAGGUAUGAACCCUCCAACACCGACUCGGGAUCGUUACUACCAAGAUGAAAACAUUUACAACACUCCAAAUCGCCAGUCUGGGGCCAUGGACAGAGAGGCGUUAGUGGAUGCCAACGGCAAUCGGCCAAGCAUGGGACCACCAGGAUCCUCCCGCCCUUCAAGUUUUAUUGGAAGUGGUGGAAAGACACGCUUCUACGGCGACCUCAGAACAUCCAUUAGCAGUGGUCAAGGCUACACCAACGAGGUGACUACACAACAGCAACAACAACAGCAGCAGCAACAACCGAACAAACAAGUCGAUGAGGACAACGUGUACCAUCAACGCACAAAGACAAUGCAGACCGACAACAGCGACUAUAGCGGCAACUUUGAAGUCUAUGCAUCGGACGACGAUGACGAGAAGCCCACUGCAAACAUUGUUAAUGUUCCUUGUACUCAACCGCAAUGGAACGGGACAAGACAAGUCUCCAAUUCUACCGGGUAUGAUCUGGACGGUGCCCAUGGGUAUGGGUAUGGCUAUGCUGGUCUCGGCACAGACUUUGAGUUUGGGAAAGGAAUGGGUCGACGACGCGAUGUCAGUGGUAAGAUUGUCGAGGAAGGUCGUGCAUCGACAUCGGUGUCGGCAUCGGCGUCGCCGGAAAGGAAGGCUAAAAAUGGUGCUGCUGGAUGGGAGAGGUUUAAGGGCUUGUAGGAGUUGAAUUGAAUGGUCGUGGUCUCGAGGACACUGGCAUUCAAAACGACUGAGAUUGUACUUCAGGUAUUGUACCCAUUCAGGUAGGUAAGGCUGAAGACUUGGGCUUGAAGUUGGAUUGAUACAACACAGCUCCGGAGUGCGAUUGGAGAUGAUGAUGUGAAUGCAGUUGUCCAGGAUAUGGUACUGGUACGGGGAGUUUCGGUUUGUUCGCUUAUGUACUGGGUCUGUUGAAGUGCGGGAUGUCAUGUUAGACGGGAACGGGACAGACUUGGGCAAACAACAUACAGAUCUUGUCUUCAAGUUGAGCUUCGUAGGUACUACUGGUAGAUUUGUGUACCUGCUGUAGAACUGAAGUCAAGGAGCAAAAGUUUAGGCUAGCUUGCCAUUCUCAUCCAAGUUCCAUUUUGCGGUAUCAGGCA